UUCAUCUAACAACAAAAACCAGAAACACCAACCAUCUGGUCCGCCUUGUGUACCAUCGCAAAUUCAACCGAGAUCAGAUUUUCUUAAACAUUUUUUCUCAGUUUUUACGAUUCGCGUCUCGCGUGCGUUCAGCGGGAAACAUGGAUUUGAAAAUUACGUUUUUGUUGGUGGUUUGUGCGGUGACGGCCCACGGGUUUCCCACCAUGUAUAAGGUGAAUGAAAAUAAGGUGCUUGAGAAAGAUCUUAUUCCAGUAUCAUCCACGGUAAUCCCACUGCCAAUCUACAAAGUGAGCUCGGCAGGUUACAAUGUAAAAGCCACAAAAGAAGAAGAAAUCAAUCAAAAACCGAGAGGACCAGUAACUCUUAUAACAGCGAAUAACAAGAAGAGAUUGAUUUCUCCUGAAAAGAAGGCGGUGGUGAAAUCGGCGCCAACAGAAUAAAUUUGAAAUGGAAUUAGUGGGAAAUGUAACCAAAGUUACCAUAACUGUUUACCUGAAAAGUACCUUUUAACUCACUUAUAUUUAUUUUUUACUGGACUAGUUUGUUUAAUUAAAUUAAAAUUUCAACUUU